GUUAAAGUGCAUCCGGCAGUGGAGGCUCUUCUUUGGGGGGUCUUGAGGCACUAGGAGGUUAACCCCUUAACCACUGUUACCCCAGGUGGCCCUUGGCAAAGGCCUAGUACCUGACUGCCCCCUAGCCAGGGAUACGGCGAAGACCCGCUGCCUUGUGGGUAAGUCUAGGAAGACAAAGGCUAGGGGAGCACACCCCGAAAGAAAAGCAACGUGGUUGGCGGCACACGAUAGGCGGUCCUCCAAAAAACUGGAGCUCCGGCGGCCUCCUGCAACUGUGGAAGAGUGCCGGUCGUCCUGGGUUCCCCUUGCCACCGGAUCCCACCCUCUCACAGUGAAGAAGUGCUGCUGGGACAUGCGCACCCCCAGUGGCACUUUAAACAAGCUCCUCUGCGCAGGUAUUCAUCUCUGCCUCGGUGAGACCAGCUACCGGAAAUGAAACAAAGUCUGGUGGCGAUGGGGUGUCUGAUAACGGGAGCAGGUAUGAAUGCACCGGAAGCUCCUAGUCAGAACCCUGCACACCAGCGGUACAGGGCUAUCUAUGGUCGCUAGUAGCUGAAAUUGAGUGGCAGCUGCUCUCGGCAGACCCCUGUACGCCUGAGCAGCCCUAUUUAGGAUUGCACUGCUCACCCCAACUGGGGAAAGGCCUAGAAAAGGUGGCCCAGACAUUGCCCACUCAAAACUAUCCUGGACAGACUACCGCACCUGUCGGGAAUUCCACUCCGCGGUCGAAAUAAAGCAAAGAAAAUAAUCCCUCUUAAACUGGCAUCAUGGAACAUAAGGACACUCCUGGACACUAGCGUUACCACUGAUAGACCCCAGCGCAGAACUGCACUCAUUGCAGCGGAACUUAACCGCUACAAUGUUGAUAUUGCUGCACUUAGUGAAACCAGACUCCUGGAUGAAGGAUCCCUGAAGGAAGAAGGGCAAGGUUACACUUUCUUCUGGAAAGGAUACCCUCCAGGAGGCGAGCAUCAGCACGGUGUGGGACUUGCAAUAAAAAACAGCCUCCUACCAAAACUCCCAGAAGCACCGGUUGGCAUAAGUGAAAGGCUCAUGUCACUCAGGAUCCCUCUGGCUAAGAAAAGAUAUGCCACCCUUCUUAGUGCCUAUGCACCGACGCUACCAUCAAAGGAAGAGGUUAAAGACCGCUUCUACCGGGCAUUAGAUGAGGCCCUCUGUCGCACACCUAAGGAGGACAAGAUCUUUUUGUUGGGCGAUUUCAAUGCCAGAGUGGGGAAGGACAACAAGGUGUGGAGUGGUGUUAUUGGCAGGCAUGGCAUUGGACAAGCCAAUGCAAACGGCCUACGGCUGCUAAGCCUCUGUGCUGAGCAUGACUUGACCAUCACAAACACCAUCUUCCAACUAAAAAAUAAGCACAAAACAUCCUGGAUGCACCCACGCUCCAAACAUUGGCACCUGAUUGAUUACACCAUUGUGAGACGCUCAGACAUAAAAGACGUAACACUAACUCGUGCAAUGAGAGGAGCUGAGUGUUGGACCGACCACCGGCUCAUCAUAACCAGGCUCCGGGUGCAAGUACGCCCUGCUAUCCGUCUUCAAAAGUCAGGGAAGAAGAGGCUUGACUGUACCCGGUUAGCAGAUCCUAUGGCUCGGGACAAUCUCCGUCUCUCUCUGGCCAAAAACCUGGAAGACAUCGAGCAUAUUCUGGAGAGUGAUGACUCCAUUGACGACAAAUGGACCUCUAUCAGCUCCAGGCUCUAUGAGGCAGCAUCCCAAUCCAUUGGCUAUAAGCGCAGAAAGCAUCAGGACUGGUUUGAUGACAACACAGCCACAAUAACCACCAUGCUCAAACACAUGCACACAGCACACAAUGCUGUACUCAACAACCCCACUUCAGCUGUGCUCCGACAGCAAUGGCAAACAUCCAGAAGGGAGGUGCAGUCAAAAUUGCGUGCCCUGAAGAAUGAGUGGUGGAUAUCAAAGGCAGCUGAAAUACAAUCUCAUGCCAACAAAAAUGAUAUGCACAACUUUUACGAUGCAAUGAAAACCAUCUACGGCCCAAGAAACUGCUCUGUCUCCCCGCUAAAGUCUAACGAUGGUACAACCCUCAUAAAAGACCAGAAGCUCAUCACCAAAAGAUGGGCAGAACAUUUUGAAACUCUGCUAAAUCAGCCCGCCCCAACAGACCCCUCAGUUCUGGAGGACCUACCUGACUACCCAACCAUCCAUGACCUUGACCUUCCACCAACCUUUGGAGAGGUUAAGAGUGCAAUAAGGUCUCUGAAAGACAACAAGACCCCUGGUCCUGACAGCAUCCCUGCAGAGAUCUUCAAGCAAGGAGGCUACCUUUCCAUCCGUGCCCUUUUCCUUGUCAUCAGCAAAGUGUGGAAGCAUGAAACUGUCCCUCAGCAGUGGAGAGAUGCCAAUAUUAUCACCAUCUACAAAGGCAAGGGGGACAAGUCCCUCUGUGGCAACAGUCGUGGCAUUUCACUUCUGGCUGUUGCUGGUAAAGUCUUGGCUAAAGUCAUGCUACACAGGCUGGUGAACAACAUCACGGAAGACCUGUUGCCGGAGUCACAAUGUGGUUUCAGGAAGAACAGGAGCACUGUGGACAUGGUGUUCACAACACGGCAGCUUCAGGAGAAAUGUAGGGAGCAGCACCAGGACCUCUUUGUUGCUUUCAUUGAUCUGUCGAAGGCUUUUGACACUGUCAACAGGGAGCUUCUCUGGAAUAUCCUCCUGAAGUUCGGCUGCCCACAGAAGUUUGUCAACAUCCUAAGGCAAUUCCAUGAAGGGAUGAUGUCACGUGUGACUAUUGGCGGCCAGGAAUCAGAACCCUUUAAGGUGUGCACCGGUGUACGCCAGGGAUGUGUUCUUGCUCCAGUCUUGUUUAAUAUCUUCCUCCUGUGUGUGACACUGCUGCUUCAUGAGAGGAUCAAGAAGGGCAGUGGCGUUACCGUCGACUUCCGACUUGACGGGAACCUGUUUAACAUCCGGAGGCUCCAAGCAGUCACAAAAGUCACACCAGUGCAAGUCAUCGAACUCCAAUACGCAGAUGACUGCGCAGUUGUGGCCCACACACCGGAAGCGCUGCAAGCUACCCUCUCAGCCGCUGCAAGUGCUUAUGGCAGACUGGGCCUCUCUGUCAACGUGGCAAAAACCGAGGUAAUAUGCCAGUGGGCAUCCACUCCUCCACCUCAUCCACCAACCUUCACCAUCAACAAUAAACCACUAGCAGUAGUGGACUCUUUCAAAUACCUUGGCAGCUUUCUCUCUGACGAUUGCAGUAUCGACAGGGAGGUUCAAAACCGGAUCAAGCAGGCGUCAGCAUCUUUUGGCAGACUCAGGGGAAGGGUCUUCCAGAACAAAGACCUUAAGCUACAUACCAAGGUAGCGGUCUAUUUAGCUGUGGUCAUGACGACCCUCCUCUACAGCUGUGAAGCGUGGACCCUGUACAGCCGCCACCUCAGGAUGCUGGAGGCCUUCCACAUCAGGUGCUUACAAUGCAUCCUGGGGGUAUCCUGGAAGGACAGAGUCCCCCACACUGAAAUACUCUGCAAGACCAACUAUCACCCAGCACCAACUAUCACCCAGCACCAACUUCGCUGGCUAGGCCACGUUAUCAGGAUGCCAGAAGAACGCUUACCACGCAAGGUGCUUUAUGGUCAGCUUCAUCUUGGUCACCGCUUGGCAGGAGGCCCAAAAAAGCGUUAUAAAGAUCAAAUGAAGACUGUCAUGAAGAAAUGCGGCCUGAACCCGACCCAGCUGGAGGACACUGCAGUCCAACGUUCCACCUGGCGGCAGCUCCUCCAACAAGGAGUUCAUAAGCUUGAGGAGGACCGAAGUGGUCAACGAGCCAGGAAGCGUCAAAGAAGGCAUGAAGCCAUUGCCACACCUGCACCCCCAGUCAGUGCCUUCACCUGCUCUGUUUGCGGCAGAUCAUGUGGAUCACGGAUUGGACUAUUCAGCCACAUGAGGACUCACAAAACAUAGAGAUGGAUUGUCGUCAUCGGAUACGAUGGACAACCUUAAGAUAAGAUAUAAGAAGUGAGAGUGCCAAGUCUUUGUUCCAGCACAAUGACACAGAGAAAGCUGCAACCACAGCCAUGCAAGUCCUCAAAAAAACUGAC